AUGCAAAUGAACAUUGCUAGCGAGGAAGAUGGAGAUAGCAAAGGCGGAAAUGCUACUUUAUCAUUUGAUUUACCGCCCAAAAUACGUCAAAAAUCAUAUAGCUUUAUUGGUAGUAAACAUGAUGCUAUAUUUAAGACAAAUAUUAGUAAAAAUGCAGAACAUCCUAAACUUAUCAAAAUCAAUUCAUUUGAAAAGAUUUCUACCUUAACUGAUUUACAUAAUCAUUCUAAGACACGCUCAUUGCUUCGAGAUUUCCGGAAAUUAUUCAUGAAAAAUAAAAGUUCAAUAGAUGAUACUGUUAUUACCGAUACUACUACUGCUACUGCUACCACUACUGUUGCUGCUACUACUAAUACUGUAGAUAGUAAAGAAAUGGAGAAUGAAAUGAUUGAUUUAAAUGAUUCGAUCAUCCAAUUAAGGAAAAAAUCCCUUUCUUGGUCAAAUUAUGAAGCACAAAAAAUUUUUCGAAAAUGUCGCAAAUUUGCGGAGCCAAAAUCUGCUAGUAAACGUAUUUAUUCAUCAAUUCUUGCAUUACGAAGUAAUCAAAAUAUGAAUCAGACUGUUACCAAAAAUAUGGAAAAUACGGAAUGUACUGUAUAUGCAAAGGAAUUCUCGAUGGGAAUAUCAACAAAGCAGUGGCAAUCAAAUCAAUGUAAUAAUAAUUUUUACAAAACAGCGGAACUGGAACAAAUGAAAAAUGUGGAAAAGCAAAACAAUGAAACAAAUGGUAAUAAUUCCGUAUGA